UUUGGAUGGCAUUCUGAUUGUCUUACUUAUUUACAGAAAGUAACUCUAAGUUUCUUGUUUAUUUUAACAUUAAAUAGGAUUAUGGAUAAUCUAGAGCGUGGUUGGAUGUACGAUAGGUUGGAUGGUCGAGGGGGUAUUAAUUCUAGUUUCAUAACUGGUGUUAAUAAGUUUCUUGAGUUCUCAUGUUCUCAGAGAAACCGCAUGAGUGGUGACGAUGUCAAAUGUCCGUGUAAAAAAUGUCACAAUAUUAAAUUCAUGGAUGUUGAAACCGUUAAAUUGCACCUUCAAUCGUUUGGAUUUGUUGAGAACUAUUUUGUUUGGAAGUAUCAAGGGGAAAAAGAAGUGACCGGUGAGAUGUAUAGUGAUUUACAUGGUGGUACUCAACCUGAAUUGGGAUAUGAUAAUCCAUAUCGCCAAAUGGUUUUAGAUGCAGCUGGACCGAACUUUGGCCAGGGUUCGAGUAAUACUGAACCUGAGUCAUCUCAUCACUGUGAACCUUUGGUGGAGGAGGAAUCUAAUCCUUCAAUGGAGGAGGAGCCUAAUCUUGAGUCCCAGAGGUUUUAUGAUUUGCUACAAGCUGCUGAUGCAAAAUUGUAUCCUGGUUCUUCCCUCUCUCAACUCGCAGUAGUUUCUAGGAUGUUAAAUAUUAAAAGUGAGAAUACUUUGUCACGGAGGGGUUAUAAUCAAAUUAUGCAACUAUUGAAAGAGGCUUUACCUCGAAGAUAACAUAGUGCUUGAUAGUUAUUAUCAGACCAAGAAGCUAGUGCGUAGCUUGGGUUUGCCUAUUGAAAAGAUUGAUUGUUGUAAUUCAGGAUGUAUGUUGUAUUGGGGUGAUGAUGAGGACCUAACUUCUUGUAAGUUUUGUGGCUAUGAGAGGUAUAAACGUCGUGUUGGUUCUCGUAAGAGGAAAUUGGUCCCUUACAAGAAAAUGUAUUAUUUCCCUUUGAUUCCUAGAUUGCGGAGAUUAUAUGCGUCUAAUGCUACAGCUGCCGACAUGAGAUGGCAUCACGAGCAUAUACAAGAGGAGGGGGUAAUGCGUCAUCCAUCAGACUCUGAGGCUUGGAAGCACUUCAAUGAAACUCAUUCCUUUUUUGCUGCUGAACCAAGGAAUGUGAGGUUGGGGUUAUGUACGGAUGGUUUCCAACCAUUUGCUCAGACGGGGAGAAAAUACUCUUCGUGGCCUGUAAUUGUCACUCCAUAUAAUUUGCCUCCAGGGAUGUGUAUGAAGGAGGCAUACAUGUUCUUAACUGCCAUUGUACCGGGGCCACACAAUCCUAAACUAAAAAUUGAUGUUUAUCUGCAACCUCUAAUAAAGGAAUUGACUUUGUU